CAGACAAAGCUGUGCAAAACAGCGGCGAUAGCAAAGAAGGCUAGAUAGCUAACCCAACAAAUACAUGUCUCACUCGUCCAGAAUAGCUUAUCUAAUAUUUAUUCAGAUCUAUAACGAUGCGCGGCUUAUACAAUUGUAAACGAGGUUGUUUUAAGAUUGAGUAAAUGUCUACUAGCCAGUUAAGGCGGAGCGUACUGUACAAAUCUAACUUUAGUGGAAUUCCAGCUUCACAGCCAACAUCAUCGACGACGACGUAAAAAAAUAAACAAACAAACAACAUUAUUUAACAUAGCUAAAUAUCAGCAGCAUGGACACGAAUGUGCAGAAGAGACGUGAGAACAAGAAAUCACUGCGUGUAAAAGUGAUCAGCCUUGGCAAUGCCGAGGUGGGCAAGAGCUGCAUCAUCAAGCGAUACUGUGAGAAGAGGUUUGUGCCCAAGUAUCUGGCCACCAUAGGGAUUGACUAUGGGGUCACCAAAGUCCAGGUGCGUGACAGGGAGAUCAAAGUGAACAUCUUUGACAUGGCAGGACACCCCUUCUUCUACGAGGUUCGUAAUGAGUUCUAUAAGGACAGCCAGGGAGUGGUGUUGGUGUACGACGUAGGUCUGAGGGAGAGUUUUGAUGCGCUGGACAACUGGCUGAGUGAGAUGAAACAGGAGAUGGGUUCCCAGGCUAACAUGGAGAGCAUAGUUUUUGUCGUCUGUGCCAACAAGGUGGACCUGACUAAGCGUCGUGUGGUAGACGAGGGAGAGGGUAGGCUGUGGGCGGAGUCAAGAGGGUUCCACUACUUUGAGACGUCAGCACAGAGCGGAGAGGGUAUCAGUGAGAUGUUUCAGGCGUUUUUCUCCUCCAUAACGGACAUGUGUGAGAACGGCGGGAAGCGCCCGGUGGCAGAGGUCAGUGUCGGCUUCACCAAGGAGCAGGCCGACACCAUCCGACGCAUACGGAACAGCAAGGACUCCUGGGAUAUGCUGGGGGUCAAACCUGGAGCCACACGGGAAGAGGUUAACAAGGCUUACAGGAAGCUGGCUGUGCUGCUCCAUCCGGAUAAGUGCGUUGCCCCGGGCAGCGAGGAUGCUUUCAAGGCCGUGGUGAACGCUCGCACCUCCCUGCUCAAGAACAUCAAGUAGACGCCAGCUAGGGACUGCUCACCCUGACCCCUAACCCCUCGCCAUGUUUCCUCGUCUAAUACCACCUCACCAUCAGAACAUCAUCAGCUUCUCUACCCCCUCCCAAACCCCAAAACCAACCCUUCCCCCUUCUCUGCUCUCCAUCCCUCCCACCCCAGCCCUCUCCUCUCACACCAGAUGCCAUGACAUUUUGCUACAACAGAGUUUUAUAAAGUCACUACUGAUGAUGUGCCACAGCAACUCAGUCUCUCUGUACGGAAGACUAUCAAUGCUUUACACUGUAGUCUUUCACACACUUGAGAGAGAAGUCACUGGAAGACUGGGUGUGUCAUCUGCUUGGUCAGUUGUGUUUUCUCUGGUCCAGAGCCUUCAAACGGCUUGUUGACCUCUCCUGUUUUAAGGAAGGCUCAGCAUCAGCAAGCCACACGUAACGCCCUGGACAAGAGCUAUAUAUGUGUAAAUAUGAAUGGGUGGUUGUCGUAAGGGGUGGUUGUCAGAAGGUGGGUAAUGUGUCUGGGUUGAUGCUUGUGAUCUAAUGAUCUUACUGGGGGUCUCUGACCCUCUGACUCUCUGGGCAAGCUGAUCCCAUAGACAUAAACGACUAUACACGUAUAUCCAUACUUAACCAGUGUCAUAGAUCCCUACACUAACUUACUGUCCAUACUACACUACAGACCCUACUCUGCCUACUCUGAACAUGCUUACCCCAGCCAGCCCCAUACAGUAGACCUUGUUGGGGUUCAUUCCUUGUUAAUCAUUGGCUCAUUGGUGAAAUUAGCAUUCAGACAAUAUCUUUCAGUAAAUAAUGUAUUCAUUUAUUAAUGCAAUUGCAGACAGGAAGUUGACAACGGGAACAUGGCACCCACGUUUCCGAGUAAGUUCUGCAAAAUAGAAAAGGUCACAAGUUGCUUUUAUCAUGCUUGUAGUCAACCCCCUGUGAUGUAACGUCAUUACCUUCUACUCAUGAGACCAAAACCAUGCCUACACAGCUAUAUAAACAAGAGUUUUAGUGUUAUCUAAAAGCUCAGCAGUAAAUGUCCAAGUUGAUUUAUAGUGGAAAUGUCUGACUAAUCUCUUAUCUCUUACACUCCCCUGCAGAGUUCUGUCUUCACAGUCACACAUUUCUCAGACAGUUUCUUUAUAAGAGGCAGAGAUUAGAAAAGGACUGUGGAACAAUAUUAAACCUCUAUAAUGAAUAUAUAUUGUUAAUCUGUAGUCUAGGACCCUAUAAAUGUAAGGAGGGAGGGGUCUUAUAACCCCUCCCCUUCUAUUAAUACAACAUAAGCAUAAUCAAUUAUUAUAAUACAUCAAUCAUUUGGUACAGCCCCUAUCAUGACCCCUAGGUGAACCCCUGACAACCUCAGUGUACUGAGGGGUAUGAAAACUAGCAGAGAUGGGGAAACGACAACACACUAACCUCUAAGCAAGUGUCAUCCUGGCUCUAUAGGGUCAUACGUACAGUACCAGUCAAAAAGUGGGACACACUUACUCAUUCAAGAUUUUUUUUUUAACGUAAAAAAACCCAACUAUUUUCUACAUCAUAGAAUCAUAUUGAAGACAUCAAAAC